UUUAUACAAAGCACUAUCGACGAAUCAAACAACGAUCAAUCUAUCAACAAUUACAAGCCUUACUACGACAACAGAAACAACAACUACAGUUACGGAUAGUAUGACAGUAACUACAACCAUGGACAAUACGACACAAACAACAACAACCACAGUAUCAGACACGACAACUACAACUAUCUCAACAACAGCAGGUGCUACUAUUUGUUCGACAACAGCCAUUACUACAACAAUCACUACAACUCCUCUUCCACCUCAGUGUUCAAAUUAUACAUCGGAUACGAGUGCAACUCGUAAUGCUGCUUAUACAGUUCUUGGUAAUGCUUGUGAUACAUUUAGUCCUUCGCCAAAGUGGUUUCGCUUCUCUGGUGGGGCGGGUACUAUGGUAGCCAAUUGUCCUGUUCACUUUAGUAAUUGUAAUACGAAUAUGGCUGGUUGGUAUAGUGGUGUGUAUCCAUCAAUAGCAGAACUUGCAUCAGUGUUAAAAUAUUUUCCACAAUUAAAAAAUUUCUCCCUGGCUACAUGUGAAUUUACAAAUGAUAUUCAAUUUUAUAAUGGUUUAAAUUGA